AUGGUCGUUCUAAAAUGUACAACACUGAAUAACACUUUCACCGUUCAAUUCGACCAAAAUGUGGUCAUUGAAAGUGCCAUUGACUCCAUCAAUAAAAUAGACGCAAAUGUCAACGCAAUUUACUCGUGUAAAGAGUUGGACGGCACAGUUGCAGAACAUCUCAAAGAAAUGUAUAAUAGGGUUCUGUCCGAGAGUCUGAAAACUAUUCAAAAUGAACAAAUCGACACCAACACAACGGAAAUCAUCGUCGAAGACUUAAAAAGGGUUUUUCAAUUGAUAUUCGACAGAGUCCCUGAGAGCUUCACACACCAUUUGGACCAUUCUAAAAGGUACACUGACAUCAUCUUCUGCAAAAAGGCUCUGGACAAGACAAAAUCCUUCUCACAACUUUUCGGAACAAAUGAAAAGCAGACUCUUAAAGUCUAUUUGCAGUGA